GGCACCGUCCGCCAGCCUUACUCGAUAUUAUCUUUUGCUGCUCUUCCCGGCACACACACCUUCACAUCCUAAGCUAGACUCGCCAGCAGGACACACACACGACAAGAUGCGCUUCUCGACAUUCAUCACCCUUGCCGCAGCACCGCUGUUGGCCCUCGCUGCUCCCCAGCAACAACAACAACAACAACCAGAACAGGACACACCGCUGAUUACCGCCACACCCGAGAGCAACAUCGUCGCACCUCUGCCCACACAAACUGUAGCUCCUGGCGCUGCCUGGAAUGACGACGCUGCCAAUGUCCAACUAGAACUCCGCCAGGCCAUCGACCUUCUGGCCACACAAGCAGCAACACAAGUCCCCGUCACCCAAGAUUACUGGAUUGCCGACCAUUGGGACUCUGCUCAAAGCACUGAGAUCUGGACAGAGGUCAAAUACACCCAGACCUUCGUGACACACCCUGGACAAUGGACCACCGCUGGCGCUGGUUCUGUCGGUCUCGGUACACACACAGGCGAGAUUGGUGUUGCAAAGGCCGCAACCGGUGCAGCUGCUUCAGUCAUGCCGCAAGGCUCGCUGUUCACCGCCGUACUGGGUCUGGCUGGUGUUGCUGCCGGUAUGGGCGUUGUCUUCCUGUAGUCGUCCGCGACGGACGUCAUGGGCUGCACGCCUUGUUCUUUUCCUCUCUCUCGCGUGGCUCGACGCUGUCAGCUUCCAUGGUUGACGAUGCGCUCGAUCAUGUCUUGACACAUGGCCGUCUGACACUCGACGCGUGGCACAUGUCAUCAGGCCACCAAUCUCUUCGGGCAACACCUCGCUCCACCUACAUACAUCUCUACGGGCAACCAAUACAACAUACCC